CUUCCUCUCUUAUCACCUGCUCUGUUUUCCCCAAUUUCAAUUCCAAUUCUGAUUCCGAAUCCGAUUCAUUAUGAACAACCACCAAUCUCCGCCGCAACACUCCGCCGUAAUCCCCCCCCAAUUUGGGGAUUCCGAUCACUGUUUCUGGUUCGACGAUUCCACCAUCCUCGACAUCGAUUACUUCGUGAAAACCUUAGCCGGAAUCAACGCCAAAGGCGUUCGAUCCGAUUUAGUCGCCUCUCUCAUAACGCAUUACGCUUCCAAAUGGCUUCCGGAUCUCUCCGACGAGCCUCUCGAUUCACACAAUUCCUGGUUGAAUUUCACUAAUUCGACCGAUUUUCAGGAAUCGCCGGAAACUAUCACCAAUUCCUGGAUGAAGAAGAGAUUCUUCGUUGAGACGUUGGUUGGAGUAUUGCCGCCGGAGCGGGAUUUGAUUCCGUGUAAUUUUUUGCUGAGGCUUCUCCGGACGGCGAAUAUGGUGGGAGUAGAGCCGCCGUACAGGGUGGAGCUGGAGAAGAGGAUUACUUGGCAGUUGGAUCAGGCGUCGUUGAAGGAGGUCAUGAUUCCGUCGUUUAAUCAUACGUGUGGAACGGUUUUGGAUGUGGAAUUGGUGAUUCGGCUUGUGAAGAGGUUUGUGAGCUUGGAUGACGGCGUUAGGAGCGGCGCCGCCUUGGUUAAGGUGGCGAAGUUGGUGGACUGUUACCUUGCGGAGGCGGCAAUGGAUUCCAAUUUGGGUUUGCCGGAGUUCGUUGAGCUCGCCGGUGCUCUACCAAGCCAUGCUCGAGCCUCCGACGAUGGGCUCUACCGAGCCAUUGAUACCUAUCUCAAAGCACAUCCGAAUGUAUCAAAGCAAGAAAGGAAGAGUGUAUGCAGAGUAAUGGACAGCAGGAAGCUAUCAACAGAGGCAUCACUCCACGCAGCUCAAAACGAGCGCCUCCCAGUCCGAGCUCUAAUCCAAGUCCUCUUCUCCGACCACACCAAACUCAACUACCGCCACCCCGACUGGAGCGGCUAUAUCGGCGGAGGACGGAGCCCCUCCGCUGCUCUCGACCACCUCCCCACCAGGUGCCAAUCCAAGAGAGAAACAACAGCCCAACAGAUGGAGAUUAAGAGGCUCAAAGACACGGUGCUGAGGCUGCAGAACCAGUGCAAUCUAAUGCAGGCUCAAAUGGAGAGGCUGUCCGAGAAGAAGAGGGGGUUUUUCAAGUGGAGGAGGUUUGGGUUUAAGAACGCCGAGGAGGCCGACAAACAUGAUGCCCGCGGCGGAGAUGUGGUGGAGGAGGCGGCGGCGGGGUUUGGGGGACACACGCCGGUGGACAUUAAAGCCAAGUUGGUCAAACGUAGGACGCCCAACAAGACAUGGCGGAAAUCUAUGUCUUGAAAAUGCGUUUUUUUUAUUUUUUAUUUUUUUAUUUUUAUUUUUUAUUAUCUAAUGUAAUCUAACCUAACGCUCUCUUCCAAUUUUUAUGCAUUAUUAUUAUUA